AGGAGGUGCACUAACUUCAGCAGGUGCCCUAACUAGCUAUGUCUUUGGAGUGUUACAUUUCUUGACUUCUUGCGACGGAUGUGAGCUCAUCUGCUGGAAUAAUGUGAGUUUAAGAUAAACGUAUUCCUCCCUGACGACCAGGGUAAGCCCGUCCACUGGAUGACACACAGAGAGACGUCACAACUUCUUUCUGUUUUCAACGACUUCCCGGUUCAGGUGACCGGGCACACAAUCGUCAUUUCCAGAUCUAGGACAAACCUGAUGAAAUCCGCCAAGAUGCAGCCUGCAGCCGCAAGCCUGUCCGUUUUCCUCGCCGUGAUCUCUGUGACUCUGCCAGGGGCUCUUGCGGGGUAUGUCCCCGACAGGUGUAUGGACUGCAUGUGCCGUGUGCUGACCCCGGGAUGCCGCAUGCCCAGCCCCCCGUGUGUGCUGCAGGGUCCGGGGUUCCUGGUGUGCGGGCCGUACCGGAUCAGCCGCGCCUACUGGACAGACGCGCGCGGGAUGGGGGAGGAUCUCAUGGACGACUGGCAGAGCUGUGCGGUGUCGUGGACGUGUAGUCGGCGGGCGGUGGACGGGUACAUGAGGCGGCACGCUGUGAAGCACAGGCGGGGCGCCCCGGUGUUAGGACACGACCCCACUUGUCAGGACUUCGCACGGAUACACCUGGGCGGGCCUAACGGUUACCUGAGCGACACAACGCUGCACUACUGGGAGAGCGUCGCUAGGUGUCUACAGGGAGAUCCUCAGUACUUACAGCCGAACGCCAUGGGCGAAGAAUACCGAAGGCUGCAGUGGGAACUGUAACUGUGGAACUGGAAGAUGAACCAGUGUUAAAGGCUGUGGACUGAAAAAUCGACGGUUGCGUGUUGUUAUAAGGAGACCAGAUAU